UAUUAGUAAAUUAUAAUUAGAUAGCAUGAAGAAUAUCUAUCUGCUACUGCUUGUUGUAGCUUCCCUCUCUUGGAAACUUGAUUCCAUGAAAAUUCAUGUACGUGAUCAACACAAAGAGACCUUGUCUGCCAAGAAUUGUCCAGCAACAACCCCUCCAGAGAGUAGAAGACAGUGCUAUCCCUGGGCAGGUUUGACUCAGGAAAAAUGCGAAGCCAGAGGAUGCGUUUAUUGCGUUGAUAAUGGAAACCCAACUUGCUUCUUCAAUGACAAUGUGUGUCCUUCAGAAAUUCCAGAGGAUCAAAGAGUCGACUGUUUCCCAGAACCUGGAUCGAACAAACAAGAUUGUCUAAAAAGGAAUUGCAUAUGGUGUAGUAAUAGUAAUCCAAAUGUUCCAGCAUGUUUUAGGGACGAAAAGGUUUCUUUGGGAGGUGAAUUCUGUCCAAACAAUAUCAGGGUUGAAGAAAGAAUUGAUUGCUAUCCACUUGAGGAUACUAACAAAGACAAAUGCAUUUCUAGAGGUUGUUAUUGGUGUGGUGAAUCAUCAAAAGGCGAGAAGCAAGAUAAUUUCCCUUACUGCUUUAUUCCAAAAUCUCACGGUUACAAGCAAAUCUCUGUUAGCGACACGAACAAAGGCCAAAGAGUCACUCUAGAAAGGCGAAAUACACCAUCAUGGUUUGGUGAAGAUAUUAAUAGAGUUGUUAUAGACUUUGAAUUUCAGGAAAACCACCGCUUAAGAGUUAAGAUCUUUGACCCUAGUAAAGAAAGAUUCGAGGUUCCUUUAGAUAUUCCCUCACCAAAUACCAAGGCUCCUAAUCCUCUCUAUAGAAUUGAACUUACUGAAGAGCCUGCUUUUGGUUUCAAAGUUAUACGUACAACAACCAAUCAAAUUUUAUAUGAUUCUACCAUUGGAGGAAUGAUUAUAUCUGAUAAAUUUUUACAAAUUGCCGGAAAGCUAGCAUCUAAUAAAGUUUACGGUUUUGGAGAGAAUGAACAUCCCACUUUUGCUCAUGAUACUAAUUGGAAACGUUGGGGAAUCUUCGCAAGAGAUCAACCAGUAUCCCCCACUAAUUUGUAUGGUGUCCAUCCAUUUUUCACAUCUAUCGAUGGCAGUAAUAUGUUUGGUGUAUUUAUAAAAAACAGUCAUGCACAAGGCAUUCAAUUGACUCCUGCUCCCGGAAUUAUUUACCAUACAAUUGGUGGAAUCUUAGAUAUGUACUUCUUUCUUGGACCAUCACCGAGUAACGUUGUCUCGCAAUUUACUGAAGCUAUCGGCAGACCUUUUUUCCCACCGUAUUGGGGAAUGGGAUUUCAACUUUCCAGAUACGGAUUCAAUAGUCUUCAGAAUAUGAGCCUUGCUGUUCAACGAACCAGGCAAUAUGGCGUUCCCCUUGACGUUCUUUAUGGGGAUAUUGAUGUCUUUAGGGACAAUCUUGACUUUACUUAUGACGAAGUUAGAUAUGCUGGAUUACCUGAGUAUAUUAAAAAAAUUAGAGGAGAAGGAAUGAAAUACAUUCAAAUUCAAGAUCCUUGUAUAAGUAAUGGUGAGCCAGCAGGCAGCUAUCCACCAUAUGAUAGAGGACAAGCAGCAGAUGUGUGGGUGAAAGAAUUUGAUAAUGUCACUAACGCAGAAGGAAAAGUCUGGCCUCUGAAUAAUGUUUUCUUUCCUGAUUAUUCAAAACAAUCUUGCCAGGAGUGGUGGAUUCAAGAAAAUAUUGAAUAUCGUAAAACAAUUGAAUUUGACGGCAUUUGGAUCGAUAUGAAUGAGCCAGCAAACUUUGCCAAGGGUUCAACUAAGGGUUGCAGAGACAAUCCAUUGAAUAGACCAUUAUUUAAACCAAAAAUUAUGGGAGAUACUCUCUAUGAUAAAACUGUUUGUAUGGACUAUGAAACAGUCUUAGGAUCUCAAUACGAUACUCACAGUCUUUACGGUUGGUCUGAAGCUGAGCCAAGUCUCAGGGCUAUGAGACGUGCUACCGGCAAGAGGAGUUUGGUAGUUAGUCGAUCUACAUAUACAGGAGCAGGAAAGUACGCUGUCCACUGGUUAGGUGAUAACAAAUCCCAAUGGGAUGAUCUUGCUCGUAGUAUAAUUGGAUGUCUCGAAUUUAACUUAUUUGGUAUACCAUACGUUGGAGCCGACAUAUGCGGAUUCUUUGAUGAUACAACUUUGGAAUUGUGCACUAGAUGGCAUCAAUUAGGCGCUUUUUAUACAUUCUCAAGAAAUCAUAAUGCUAUUAGGCAACAGGACCAAGAUCCUGGAGUACACCCUACUUUAGCAACUUUUACAAAGGAUGUCUUAGAAAUUAGAUAUACACUGAUUCCGUUUUUAUAUACCCUUUUCUACGAAGCUCACACGCAAGGACACACAGUUAUGAGAUCCCUAAUGGAACAAUUUAUCAAAGAUUCAGAAACUCAUAAUAUUGAUAAGCAAUUUAUGUGGGGUUCUGCUAUUCUCAUUAAUCCAGUUUUGGAACAGGGGGCCUCAACUGUCGAUGUUUACUUUCCCGAUGAUAGAUGGUAUACUUGGUCAACGGGAGUAGAAGUACCUUUUAGGAAACAAAGAUCUAUUAUAAGCGCACCACUGAAUGUGAUACCAAUCUAUAUGAGAGGAGGUUCAAUUAUUCCCACACAAGUCCCUGCCAACUCAACAUUUUAUAGUCGAAAAAAUCCUCUUGGAAUAAUUGUCAAUCAAGGAGAUCUUGACGAUUCAGUUAAAGGAACUUUCUAUUGGGAUGAUGGUGAAAGCUCAGAUUCAAUCGAAAGUUUGAAGUAUAUAUAUAUGGAUCUUGAAUUUAAAGAUAAUUCAAUUGUUGGAACAAUACAACACAGUAAUUAUAGUUCGGGUGGUCUCUUUUUUGAAAAUGUCAAAGUGAAUGGUUUACAAGUCGCUCCUGUCACCAUAACUGUUGAUGGACAAGCUCAUACGGAUUUUACGUAUAAUCAGAAUAAGGUUCUGGAAAUCACUAAUCUAAGAUUAUCAAUUGAAAGAAGCUUUCGUAUCGAGUUAUCUUUUAACAAAGCUCCGAAGAAACCAAUUAAAGAAAAGCCAUAA